AUGGAUGAGGAGCUGCGAGCUUUGGAAGACAACGAUGUGUGGAAGGUGGAAGUGGCAAGGGAAGCCUGUCCUACACACCAAAUGGGUGUUCAAAACCCAGUUGAACGCAGAGGGAGAGAUCGAUCGUUUCAAAGCGAGGCUUGUGGAAUGCGGGAACGAGCAGGUCUACGGUGUCGACUACGGGUUGACUUUGCUGCGGUGAUGGAAUUGAGCACGGUGAAGGUCAUACUGGUACUUGCCCUACGUUGGGGAGUACCAGCAAGACAUGGUGACAUACCUAACGCCUACGUGAAGGCGAACAAAGAGGAACAUUUGGAGAUUUUUCUUGCAUACCUCAAGGCAUGA